AUGACAAAUGAUGUAGCAAGAGUUUAUUUUGUAGACAACCAAGGAAUUCCAACUCCACCUCCAGCCAAUGUUGUUUGUAUAUGUUCAUUAACCGGUGAGGUUAUACAAUCGGCAGUAAUCAAUGGUGCAGUUAGUUUUAUUAUACUUUGGAUGUAUAGUUAUGAAAUUAAGGUGGAUGAUAUCAAAAUUUUCAGUAUUGAAAAUCAAAAACAACAAGCAUUAACA